AUGCUAUCGGAAGCAGCGUCGAUGGAGCCCGAGGAGUACUGGGAGAAUAUAAUGCCGCGCUUAUUGAACCGGGCACUGGCCGAGGUACGUCUGUACGGAGGGAGCGUGUCCAAGGACAACCGAACCGGUGACAAACGCGAUGAGGGUAUCGUUUGUGGUCCGCGUACAGCGUCGCCACGCCGACGCGUCGAACCAACGCUUUGCGCCUGCAAUGGAGAGACAUGGGGCCAACCCAAGAAGCUGGGUUGGCGGAGUCUCGAGCUCAUCGAAAUCCGAAGAGCCUUGACAGGGUCGCCCGGUGCCGGUGGUUAG